AAGGUGCCUCCUACCAUGGCGUCCCCCGGGUUUGGGACCUUCGGCUCACAUUCCGGCGGCUUUUCCGGUGAAGGAGGCGAUAAGAAGUUCGAUGUCUUCUACAAGGAUCUCAAAGAGACGGAGAAGAGGGAUGCAGUCCUCACCCCAAAGCAACAGAUUGACCGCCUACUCCGGCCGGGAGCCUCGUAUGCCAACCUGAAUCCCUUCGAGGUGCUGCAGGUGGACCCAACCACCCCAAUAGAGGAAAUCAAAAAGAAGUUCCGACGGAUGUCCAUCCUAGUACAUCCUGACAAAAAUCAAGAUGACUCGGAGCGAGCCCAAAAAGCAUUCGAUGAGGUGACAAAGGCAUGGCGAUGCUUGGAGAAUGAAGCGACACGUCAGAAAUGCCUGGAUAUCGUAGAGGAAGCAGAGGCCAUCGUAGCAAAGAGGAUUGAGGAACGGAAAAAGCAGCUCAAAAGAGAAGGCAAGGAUACUCGCGUGGAUGAAGAUGACCCAGAGAAACUAAAACGUGCUGUUUAUGUCCAGACCAUGAAGCUAUUUGCCGACAUGGAGCGCAAGAGGAGACAACAGGAAACGCGCGACCAGGAGGAGAGAAAAAGAAAGCGAGAGGAGGAAAUUGAGGAGGAAGAGCAGAAGAAAGCUGAGAAAGAGUGGCAGAAGAACUUUGAGGUGAGGAGUCUUUGGAAGGUUCUUGUUGUGGAUGAAAUAUUUUGCAUUAACAUUUACUUACAUAUAUAUAUUUUUUUUUGUUAGAUUGAAUAAAGAAUUUCUCAGGUCCUUUGUGUUAUGAUUUAAGUUUGAAGUUAAGUUAGUAUUUAAUUUUGCUAUCAUUCAUAUGUACAUGCACAUAUACAUACAUGCUCUGUACAUACAGU